CGAGAAAGACGUGCGGAAUGACCCCUGAUUCUUCGUUUACGUGGAAGGGAAUCUUGUUCGUGCUUCCGGGUUUUUUUUCCGGGAUUGUGCACUCAUCAGAUCAGUUUUAAAGAGAUGGCUACGGUAUCGGCCCAGUCUCUGAGGGUCUCAGAAAUUAAAGACCCCACCGUUUUGUUUGAACGGUACAGUACCGAUGAGAUUCGCUCUAUCGAGAGGAAAGUGCGUGGAGAGAUAGAGCAGAAGAAGGAGGAACUUCGACAGAUGGUUGGUGAACGAUACCGGGAUCUGAUCGAUGCAGCUGACACGAUCGGUGAGAUGAGACAGUGCUCGGAAAGUGUCGUUCAGUCCAUUCAGGACAUGUAUCGAUACUGCCACAAAUUGAAGCAGGGGAAACACACUGCUCAGGCCAGUUGCAAAGCAGAGCAGGGCCAAAAACAGUCCCAGGAGAAAUUCUACACAGUGGCAUCACAGAUAAAGCUACUCCUGGAAAUCCCUGAGCGGAUCUGGAGUGCCAUGGAGUCCUCACAGUACCUGCAAGCCACGCAGCUCUACCUGAUGUGCUGUCACCUUCACAGACAGUUACACUUGGAGGGUGGAGGACAUCAGUACAGCCCCAUUCUCUCUCGCUUCCCCAUCCUGGUGCGGCAGGUAGCAGCUGCUGGUCACUUCAGGUCUACAAUCUUAUUGGAGAGCAAAUCUGUGCUGCAUGGUAGGGCAGUGUCUGAUCAGGCAAUCGCUGAAGCGCUGGUCUCCACCAUGCUCCUGGAGGACAGCUCUCCUCGCCAGGCACUCGCUGAUUUCCUGCUGGCUAGAAAAGUGUCCAUUCAGCAACUGCUCAAUCAGCCUCAGCAUGGUGCUGGUGUUAAAGCACAGGUUUGUUCAUUGGUGGAGCUGCUGGUGACCACUCUGUACCAGGCUUAUGCUGUGUUUUAUGUGCCUCCGGAGGGCCAAGUGUCCGAUAUCGGUUUUGGCUGUGGCCUACUUUUCACCACCUUGGAGAAUGUGACCUCUAACACAUCCACUGAGCUGUUGAAGGGGAGAAGGGGGAGAGAGAAGAGGGGCAGCAAGGUGAUUUGCAAUUUAUCACACUGUGGUGAUAUUCAGCAGAAGAAAGAAAAUCAUACACAUCUGGGAUGGCAUGAGGGGAAAGACAAGAAGGUUCUGGACAAGGAGAUGAGCACAGGCAGCUGGUUUAAACACCUCCCUCCUGCAGUGUUGAGCUUCCAGGCUGCUCUUCGGACACUAGCGCAACCCAUACAGAGGGAGCAGCUCAGAGACACACUGCAGCAGUGGAUUGAUACCUGCAAGGAGGAUAUCCGCAGUGGAGUUAGCAGUCUGCUGGUCUAUGUGAAGAGUCUGAAGGGUCUAGCGGCAAUUAGAGAUGCUGUGUGGGAGCUGCUCAGCAGUGAAUCAAUCAGCCAGCACUGGAGUACAGUGUGCCAGUGCCUCCUCGAGCGACCUCUGGCCUUGUGGGAUGACCUUUUACAGCAGCUCUUUCUCCAGCGACUUCAGGCAGUCACACAGGAGGGCACAGAAGGGAUCUCCAGCAGCUCCAUACAGCUCUUGUCUUCGGCACUGCGGGAUCUACAGGGCCAGACCUCAACUGGGAGUUUCAGCAGAGGGGCACAGUACGAGAGCGAUGUUGCUUCUUUCCUAUGGUCUGAGUCUCAAGGGGACCUCCUUAGUGAUGCGGCUUGGGUGAGUGUAUCCCAACGAAGCCCCCAGCAGAAGAGCGGCCUGUUCAUGAAGACCCAGGCCCUCACCCCCUGUGUCCAAACGUUCUGCUCCAGCCUGGACUCCAAGCUCAAAGCCAAACUAGAUGAUCUGCAGCACUACUUGCCCUCAGAAGAAAGCAAGGAGACAUCAGACACUGUCCCAGUUGCAACUACAUCCACUAUUAACCGCUUUAUGGAUGCUGAAGCAGUGGAGGACAUUCUUAGAGACCACUGCCUGACAUGUGUGAGGGGCAUCCUUGGCAGUGUGCGCUCUGAGCUCGCUAAUGCCCAGGAUAAGUCCAAGAGCCCUAACCAGUUAAGUGCAGUACUCUUUAUGGCCAGACUGUGCCAGUCAAUGGGGGAGUUGUGCCCCAGUCUGAAACAAUGCAUCCUGGGUAAGCGGGGGUGUGUGGAUCCUUUGAGCAGAGGCACACCUCGACAGGGCAAAAAGUCUGGCAAAGGCAGUGCAGCAAAGACAGCAGAGGUCAGCCCAGCACAAGCUAAGUGGAGCAGUCUGAAAGACGAACUUCUAUCUUGCAGCAUGGAGGCCUAUGGUAUAUGGAGCUUGGCACUCACCAAGGAAAUUGUGGGCAGCUUUGCUACAACUCUACAUGCAGGAACUGCUGGCUCCAUCCUGGGUACAGCAACAAAUUGGGAGGAGCUUGAGAUACAGGAAGAGACUGAGUCAGGAAAUAAUAUAAUGUCCAAAAUACGCCUCCCUGUGCAGCCCUCGUGGUAUGUUCAAUCCUUACUUUUUCAUCUGUGCCUUGAAGUCAAUAGGGUCGGUGGUCAUGCAUUACCAAAGGUCACUCUGUUGGACGUCUUGCGAGGAUGUCUAAACCAGGUAGUGAGUGAGUACGAAAAACUCUCUCGGGGCCCACAGAGCAAGGAUGCAGCCCUCCCCAUGACCCAAAACAGAGCUUUGCAGCUACUGUUUGACCUCAGGUAUCUCAAUGCCACUUUAGGGGCCCGCCUUGAAGAGGGCAGGAGCUCCCGCUCACAGCAAGGCCCAAGGAUCCAGCAGGUCUAUGACUCCCUGGAAAGUUACAUUGAUCCAUUUGACUUGGAUGUUUUUACUCCACAUCUCAACAGCAACCUGAACCGACUCUCACAAAGGACCUCUGUGCUUUUAGGAUUGUUGACUGGCACAGAGAAGCAGUUUACCUCUAGGACCAACAAUAUCAACUCUCAGGAACCAUACAACAUCCUUCCUUUAGCUAGUAGCCAGAUCCGGUUUGGGUUGCUGCCUUUGAGUAUGACAAACUCUCGGAAAGCCAAAUCAGCCACACAUGGAGCAGAUAUAACUAGACCUCUGGUGGCUCCCUCCUCUGCUUCUGCUCCAGAGGACAGCUUCCACCCAGGAAAUCUUUUCAGGCAGUUAGCCGAUCAAGAAGAGGAAUCUGCAGCCCCCUCUCUCUUUAAAUUAGGCUGGCUUUCUGGCAUGGCCAAAUAACAUUUUAAAGUUGAUAAUUUUUUUAAAUGUACAUACAAUUGUCUGUAAAAUAAGAUAUACAUGUAAUA